CAUAGAGAAUUUUCACGAAGGUUGCAAAACAAUUGCGUCAGAAACUUGCGCACUUGUUUCCAGAAAGGUGAAAGACGAACGUUGCUCUCUCGGUUAAUACAUUGUGACCAUGUUGGUGGCGAGGCUGACGUGCCUGAGGAGUCUUCCUCUCGCCGGGAUGCGUCCUGUGCUGUCGCAGGGCUCUGCAGUCCUGAGAGCACCCACCCUGAAGGCCUGUCCACCCCUGUUCAGGCCCCAGCAGGGAUUUUCCUCCAAGGCCAGAUUUGGUUUCCGCCGUGCGAAGACAGCCAGAGACCAGUUCAAAGAUGUAGCUUUUGAGCCAGCAACAGAUACUGCCAUUAGAAUUGACAGCAUGGGAAGAAUGAUUCUGGCUGGAGGUGCAGCAGUUGGCCUUGGAGCUCUGUGCUACUAUGGACUUGGCAUGUCCAAUGAAAUUGGUGCCAUUGAGAAAGCAGUGAUCUGGCCUCAGUAUGUGAAGGACAGGAUCCACUCCACCUACAUGUACUUCGCAGGAAGUGUUGGGCUGACGGCUUUGUCAGCUUUAGCAGUGAGCAGGACCCCGGCACUUAUGGGUCUGAUGAUGAGAGGAUCCUGGCUGGCUAUUGGAGCAACUUUUGCAGCUAUGAUUGGUGCUGGCAUGCUGGUCAGGUCCAUUUCAUAUGAGCAAAGCCCAAUGCCCAAACACCUCGCUUGGAUGCUCCAUGCAGGUGUGAUGGGUGCUGUCAUCGCUCCCCUCACUCUCCUGGGAGGACCUCUGAUGAUGAGGGCCGCCUGGUACACAGCAGGCAUCGUGGGAGGUCUGUCUACUGUGGCCAUGUGUGCCCCAAGUGAGAAGUUCCUCAAUAUGGGCGGGCCAUUGGCUGUCGGCUUUGGAGUUGUCUUCGCUUCCUCUAUUGGAUCAAUGUUCCUGCCACCCACCUCAGCAUUCGGAGCAGGCCUGUACUCAGUGGCCAUCUAUGGUGGUCUGGUCCUGUUCAGCAUGUUCCUCCUGUACGAUACACAGAAGGUCAUCAAGAGGGCAGAGACACACCCGCUCUAUGGCGUACAGAAAUAUGACCCCAUUAACGCGUGUAUGGGGAUUUACAUGGACACACUGAACAUCUUCAUGAGACUGGUGAUGAUUCUGUCAAACGGCGGCGGCAGAAAGAAGUAAACAUCAGCAUUCUGACUACAGUUUUUCCUUCUACAGGGCUGAGCAAAACCAUGUUUCAUUACUAGCAGCCUAUGCCAGGUGUUAUAGUGAAGUUGCAUCUAUCUGGUAAAUAAACAUGAAUGCUUUGUAAGUUGCAAAGAACAGGAUUGCACAAAAUGAGAGUCCUCACCUUGAUUGUGGAAGUAUCUGGUUUAUCCUGGGGGGUUACAGAUGGGUUAAAUGUGUCAGCAUAAUUUCGCCUGCCUCAGAUGUCCUUUGUGUUCUUUAUGUUUUAUAUUUAUUUCUGUUAUGAAUGAGAACUAGAGCUGAAGAAUAUCUGGUAUAUGCAAAAGAAUACAUAUGUCAACCAUAGACUGGUCCAGACUCACAGUACAAUAAAUGCUGUAGGAACACACUUGCUCCACUAUACACUGAUAUUGCACUUCCGUGAUAGGUUAAUGAGGUUGGCACUAGUUCAUAUAUUUCUGAGAAAAUGUACAGUCACUUCAACAAUGGAAUUACUCAAUAAACAAGUCAAAAGUUA